AUGAAGACAAGCCAGGGACAGAUAGAAGAGAGAGGCUACUGGGGGAGUAAAGCAGAGUAUAUUUUAGCUGUGGCGGGAAAUGUGGUCGGUCUGGGCAACGUCUGGAGGUUUCCUUACCUGUGCUACAAGUACGGAGGAGGUGCAUUUCUGAUUCCCUACCUGGUGUUUGUGGUGACUUGCGGGGUGCCUCUGUUCCUGCUAGACACAGCGAUGGGACAGUACACACAGGAAGGAGGCAUUACAUGCUGGACUCGUCUCUGUCCACUGGCUGAGGGUGUCGGCUAUGCAGGGCAGGUCAUUCAGGUGUAUAACUGCAUGUAUUACAUCAUCAUUCUGGCCUGGGCACUUUUCUUCCUCAUCUUCUCGUUCAGCUCCCAGCUUCCAUGGGCCAGCUGUGAUAACCUGUGGAACACGGACAGCUGUGUCAAUCUUGCUGCAAAGAAUAUGAGCCUCAGUUGGACAACACUGAUCAACUCAACAUCUGCAGCUACUGAGUUCUGGGAACGCAGAGUGCUGGCUCUCUCUGGGGGUAUCGAGGAGGUCGGUAAGAUAAACUGGGAGAUUCUUCUGUGUCUCAUUGCAGUGUGGAUUGUAAGUUAUUUCUGCAUCUGGAAAGGAGUCAAAUCUACAGGCAAGGUGGUGUACUUCACAGCUACUUUUCCUUAUGUGAUGUUGCUGGUCUUGUUGAUUCGUGGGUUGACUCUUCCUGGAGCUCUGCAGGGGGUUGUAUUUUACCUGUACCCUGAACCGUCUCUUCUCGCUGACUCACAGGUUUGGAUGGAGGCCGGGGCUCAGAUUGUUUUCUCCUACAGUAUAUCUGUUGGCACUCUCACUGUAUUGGGUAGUUACAAUAAAUACAACAACAAUUGCUACAAGGACUGCUUUUGGCUUUGUCUUCUGAACAGUGGCACCAGUUUGAUGGCUGGUUUUGCUGUGUUCUCUGUGCUGGGUUUUAUGGCCCAUGAACAGGGCGUCCCCAUCAAGGAGGUGGCAGAAUCAGGUCCAGGACUAGCGUUCAUAGCUUAUCCACAGGCUGUAGCCAUGAUGCCUUUCCCUCAUUUGUGGGCUGUUUGUUUCUUCAUCAUGAUUAUUUUGCUGGGACUAGACACCCAUUUUGUUGCAGUGGAAGCUGUGGUCACAUCAGUGAUGGACCUGUUCCCAGCGGUUCUUUGCAGAACAGGGCGAGAAAUCUUCCUCCUGUUCUUCUGUCUUAUUUGCUUCUUGGGGAACUCUUCAUGGUUACAGAGCGGGAUGUAUGGAUCUACUAUGCCUUGGAGCCAAUGUCUGUUCCUGUCUGCGUUUGAGUCUCUGGCCAUGGGUUGGAUAUUUGGAGCUGAGAGAAUGUUUGACGUCAUUGAAGACAUGACAAACUCACGACCCAACUACUUAUUCAUUCUGUGCUGGAAAUACCUGACUCCUCUUGUGGCCACGGUGUCUUUUAUCUGUUCUGUGGUGCUACCAGCCCUUGACUUUCAACCGUUGUCGUUUAUCUGGGCGUAUGCUGUAGGCUGGUUGCUGGCCCUGUCCUCCGUUCUGCUGGUUCCUGGAUUGGCGAUUGGACGACUGUUAGCUGGGAAAGAAAGCCUGAAACAGCGUUGGCUUCACCUGUGUAACCCAGACACAAACCUUCCUCUCACCAAUAAGCAACGAUCUGGAAUAAAGGAAAGAGUUUCCAUCACAGAAAUGACAGACUUGGUCAGAAUAAAUGUAGAGGAUGCUCCAUAAAAAGUCAAAAAGGGCCUAUUUUCAGCAACAGAAAGUACUGUUGUCAGGAAAUAUUUCUAUUCAUAUAUUUCUAAUAUUUCUAUAUCAUUUCUGUAUUUCACUUCUAGCUCGUGGACCUAUCCGCACGCUGCACUGAAAACUUGGCAUGUUGUACUUCACAUCUUCUUGCGACAAAUUGCUUGUGGUUUUUCUCAUUUGCAAAUUGCUUUCGGAUAAAAGCUGUUAAAUAAAUGUAAAUGCAGAUCAGUCUUUGUGAAUAUCCUGCUAUCCCCGUGGCAAGUUCACAUCAUUCUAUUUGGCAUGAAGCCGACUUUUCUGUUCACUUUCUGUAUUUCAGAGCAGCUGUAGGCCAUCACAUCAACCCCCGCUGCCAGCACAAGAUUUAUAUCACAUUUCAUUUAAAUGGGUUUUAUUAAGCAGGCAAAUGUCAAACAUAACUAUGAACCCUUGAGGAACUAACUAAGGAGGAACUAUCAAAACAAACUGACUAUCAUGACUUUCAGAUAUAUAAAAAUAUAAAACGAUGUAUAAUCACCCGCCAAUAAAAGUUGUUCAUAUUUUUUAAUAAAAAUGUAGCAUUUUAUCAAAUUAGUGAAGCAAAAGUGAUAUCUAAUGAAAUAUAUCUCUCUCCUGAUUCACAACAGGGAUGGGUUUUGUUAAUGUUUUAACAGUAUUCCUAGUCUUACAAUACUGUUUAUCAAUCUAGUGCUUCUCAUUGGCUCUUAAACCCCCGCUGUCCUCAUCCUCGUUCCUACAGCUUGAGGAGUGUUAUGUUCUGUUAACACUUACUUCUUAUUGUAUAGCAGUUACUGAAAAUGUAUGUAUGACUCAACUCUUGGUAAAGCGUUUAAUCUCGUUUUUUAUUGUUACAUUUUUGUGUACUUGUGGUUUAUUUAAAAAAAAUUUUUUGCCUGUAGAUUUUUAAGUUAUGUGCAUGUACCUACUCAUUAUACUUCAAAUCACCUGUUCCUUCAUUUUCGUCUGUAUUUUCAAUCAAGAAGUUUUGAGUUCCCAAAAUAAAAAACCAACUAACGAAAACUAGAAUGAGAUCAAAAUAAUGUUAAAAAAAGAUGUUAGAAUAACAUUAAGAAAGCAUUAUCAGAACAUUAUUCUGUGUUUUAAACUCGGAGAGCGGUGUUCAACUAAAAUAAAACUAAACUAAACAGAAACAAAAGACUCCAGAAGCCUUAAUACUUCAGUAAACAUGAACUUAAACAGGUGUCUUUCGUCUUAGGGACAGCAGUCCUAUUACAUACUUAGGCUAUCUGUGUCAUCCAACAAAAGUACAUAAAGGUAUACAUGUUAAGUAAACCAAUAACUUUUUUUGAAGACUACAUAAAAAAUGGCUAUCUAAACAUAUAUACUAAAUAUUGACAAAAAUGCAAGGACUGUUUGUCGAUUUUUCUGUCAAAACGAGGCAAAUGACUAAAAUGCAACUAAGACUUUUCAAGCAUUUUCGCAUUUUCGUCUUAGGAGUAAGACUAAAUCAAAAAUGCCUGCUAAAAUUAACAGUAUACCUAACCUCCCACUGCUGCCAGGUUUACUUCAUAUAAAGUAUAACACUUUCUUUACCAUAAAGCCCGUUCUUGAUGAUUGGCGAGUGAUUGGGUUCCCAAGUAGGACCCCAUGACAACGUCCCAUA